AUGGACAUUCGUUACCUAGAAGACCUCCUGUGUUCGGCACCGAAAGGAUCGCGUUCCAACGCGGUGGCAGCGCCGAGUCCGAAACGGAAGAACCGGCCGCGCGGCGGGGCUAGCGGCGACAACGGGGGCAUCGAAACCAACAAGAGGCCGUGGAAGAGAGCGGGCGCGGCGUCCGGGCCGUUCUCUGGGUUGUCUCUCUGCGUGGUUAGCCAAGGCUCGGUGACGAACAACACCGUAGGGACACUCACGCGGGAGUUUCGCGACGGCGGAGGGCAGGUAUCGACUCACUACACGCCCGGGGACACGACCCAUAUCGUGGCCGAUGCCUCGCUUGCCGCUUCCUGGGAGAAGCUUGAUGACUACUUCAGCGGGUGGGACGACUUCGAGGACGUUGUUGAUGGCGCGGCGACGGCAGGCAGGGGCAGGAUGCCUGACGGGGUGCCUGUCGUGAGCAGCGAGUGGAUGAGCGAGUGCUUGAGGCGCUCCGAGGUGGUGACCGCUGAAGCGUACCGGUUGACCCCACCGCUGCACCACUGUGCGGCGCCUGCAACAGUCGCACCGAAGCAGCAGCAGAGGUCGAGCACAGCUACCACGGAAACAAACGCUGCGGCGGAGGGUUGCUCUUCUUCCGCUUCGCCUGCUGCAACAGGCAAGAAGAGGAUAUUGACAUCGGGGGGCCACCAGACCACCGGUGGUCUGGUGGCGACGAGAAACCAGCGGGGGGACGCGGCGAGGGGAAGCCCGUCGGGCCGUGGCGCCGCGGCGAGAUUGAUGAAUCUGGAGGGGGAGGUUGGCGCUAGGAAGCCCAACGUGGACAUGAGACGGGUGUCUCAAGGGCAACCGAGCAGCUUUUGGGGGCCCCAGUCACCGAACAAGGAAGCCGCCGAUAUGUUGGACGGCCUGGCCGAGCUUUGCGCGACGCGCGGCGGCGACGGGAGCGUCUUCAACGAGAGGGGUUUCAAGAGCGCCGCAGCGGCGCUCAGGAUGCUUGGGACGCAGAUCACCGACAUAGAGCAGCUCAAGGACCUGAGAAAGAACGACCCCGAGCGAGUCAGAGGCGUCGGGGAUGGUGCGAUGAAGGAGCUCACGGCCUUUUUAGCCGAGGGCAAGGGCAAGUCGCGCGCCCCCGUCUCGGGGGCGGACCCCCCCGCGCCCGAGGCCUGCCUCAAGCUCUUCCAGGAGGUCGGCUGGGUGGGCGCCGUCAAGGCGAGGCAGCUGUACGACAAGGGCAUGCGCUCGAUCGAGGACCUCAGGACCAGCGGGAGGGACCUCCUCACCGAGCAGAUGCGGGUUUGCCUCAACAGGCACGAGGACAUCAAGCAGCGCAUGCCGCGGUCCGAGGCUGCUGAGAUCGAAGCGGCGGUAACGAAGGUUGCCCAGAGCAUCUGCCCGGGAGUCAUCUGCCAGGCCUGCGGGAGCUAUAGGAGGGGCAAGAGCAACUGCGGUGACGUGGACGUGCUCAUCCGACCUCCUGAGGGACAAGAGGACUCUCCAAUGUUCCUCGAGCUGAUCAAGGAGCUGACGGAGACCGGGUUCAUCACGGACAGGCUUGCCAUGCCAGAGGGACCCUACACGCCCGGAAAGCCGCAGACCUUCAUGGGCGUCUGCAAGCUGCCCGGCGAGGGCCAGAUCCACCGCCGGCUGGACGUCAAGCUCUACCCCACUUCAAUGUUCGCGUUCGCCGUCCUGUACUUCACUGGGUCGGGCGACUUCAACAUGAACAUGCGCUGCUUCGCCAAGAGCAAGGGGCUCAAGCUGAACGACAAGGGGCUGUUCAAGGUCGACCCGUUCAGCGGCGAGGAAGUGCCCAACUCGGGCUACAGCUGCCUUCGAGAGGAAGAUGUGUUCAGCGCCCUUGGGAUGGAUUGGAUAGAGCCGAAGGACAGGAAGGGAGUGGGACCGGCAUCCCACAACCAGCAGGAGGCGCUUCCACAGCAUCAGGCGAUUCCGAUGGCGGAGGCGGGCUCCUACUACGAAAACGCGGAGCAGCAGAUGCAGCAGCAGCAACAGAUGAUGAUGCAGCAGCAGGCGGAAGUAUUUUUUCGCGAGGAGGACCAGGUGCAGCAAGCGAUCUGCCUUAGCAGGGGCGUUUUCGAUGCGAGCGGGGGCUCGGUAGCGGCGGCGGCGGCCGGGGGGGGGGGAGCAGGCGCAGCCAACUACGAUGGUAGCGCAGACCCCGACCUGCAGGAGGCCCUUCGCCGCAGCGUUGCUGACACGAGAUUUGCUGUGGGCGGGGGCGAGAGAGAGGUUGUGGCAGGUGGGAGCGGCAGCACUGCCACUGCUGCUUCUAGCGCGGAGGGCAACAACGGUGUAGGUACUGGGAGCGAGCACUCGCCUGUGUGCCUCUGA